CACAAAAUUGUCUCUGAUUCAUCGUGAAUUGUUUUUCGGUUAACCGCAUAUUGUGUUCAACAUAUUUCUCGAAAUUUUUAUAUUUUAAAUCACAACAUGGAAGACGUUGCUGCAUCGAGUAGCACACACUUGUGCCAAAUAUGCAACGCGGUUCCACAGAGAUAUACAUGCCCCAAGUGUACUAUUACCUAUUGCUCAAUGAAUUGUUACAAGUCUACAUCACAUUCGAAUUGUUCAGAGGAAUUUUAUAAGGAAUGGGUCGAAGCUGAAAUUAAAUCUCAGUCAAAUGAUCCUGAACAGAAAAAGAUCAUGACUGAAAUUCUCAGGAGAGUUCAUGAACAGGAUACAAAUGCAUUGUUCAAUGAAAGUGAAGAAGAUGCUGAUGGAUUAUGCGAUGAACUCGAUUCAGAUGACGACGAAGAUGUACCUGAUCUGGCCGAUCGUAUAAGAAAUGUAAAUUUAGAUGAUGCCAAUGAACUUUGGGGGAUUCUCACUGAUGCGGAACGUCAAGAAUUUGAGGCUCUCCUCAGAAAUGGAGAGGAAGGAAAACUUCUACCUGAGUGGACACCCUGGUGGUCAUCAAAGAGUAAUGAGAAACAAUUAAUUAAAGAGAUUGAUGAUCAGGAACGGGUAGAAAUGGUUGGCAGGUGUCCCAAACUCCUGGAGAUCCCCUAUAUAUCAGCUGUAGAGAAAGCCGCGACUACAGUUUCCUUCAAUAUUAUAAAUGUGCUAUAUUCCUAUGUACUCAUGGUAUUCCAUUACGAUGGAGAUCACCAGAAUUCAGCAAAAGAGGCAGUCAGUAUGUUUCUACAACUGUGUGACAGUCUUGGAUCUAAUAAAAUAUUCGAUAAUGAAGAAUCUGCACUGGAUGCUGUCACUGAAAAAGCUGCUGAUCACCAACUAUUGAGCGAUGAGGAAGACAACGUCAUUCUGGAUCAUCUGAAACAACUAAUACAAGGGCCAAACAAAACAGAACGUAGUUUUUACAUGUUGGCUGCUAUAUCAGAUCUUCAUCACUUAUUCACUAGUGCUAAAAAAGAGUUAUCAAAGGCGAAAGGGAAACGCGAUAAUGCACUAUUUAUUAAAAAAUUUUCAAACCGUAUCGACGAACAAUACUUGAAUCUCUCAAAGAAAUCGUUCCCACUCUACUUGAAAAAGUUGGAAUACUAUUUCAUGUGGAUUCGGACUUAUGGAGAACAGAUUUUCGAUUUAAAAAAUCUACAAUUGCAUUGAUGGCUAAAAAUAGUAGUUAAUCCUUGUUAAUUGUAUUAAAGAUAUUUGUAUACUUUUCUAUAAUUAUUCAUGUAAUUACUUUAUAAUAAAAUUUGGAAUGUGAAGACAUGUUCAUGAUUUGAAAAA